CCGACUCGCCCCGACGUGGCUUUAAAUACCGGGUCCAACCGAGUUCCUCGACUCAUCGCCUGCGUUGUCUCGUCUGUAGGCGUGCGAGUUCCUCCUGUUCUUUACUCCCCUCUCUGCUUUUACCCACUCCUCCGGCUCUCAGUAGAGAACAAAGGGAGAGAGGAGGGCUUCCCGAGGCGACAAGCGGAUUCCCGACCGAUCAACCGGUUUUCCGAUCACGUUGGCAACAUGGUAAGGAAUCACAGAAUUGAACUUCCUGAUGCUGGGGAUAGUUCAAUUUUCCAUGAGACCAGUGGUGGAAGUGGGCGAGUUUUUCGCCAGCAUCUGCCUGAAAGGGCUACUGCUUCACAACAACGGGUCCGUGGUUCAGGACGUGAUUGGGGUCCAGCCAUCCCUCUGCAUUCACAGCAAGGCUGUGGUUUUGGGAGUUAUUAUCGCCGGAGAGGAAGCGGACAGCCCCAUGGGGCUUCAGUACCGCAGCAGCCAUGUGGGCCAUCUCCAGGAUAUGAUGGCCUAGGUUUGCCUCUACGAAGAAGAGGAAUGCCACCUCAGCAACAAUAUGGACACCGAGGCGGUGCCAGUUUGUCAAGUGGACAUGUGGCUGACCCCUCAGCUGCAGGUCCAUUGAGGCUACCAGCUCCCGAUCUGCACCAAGCAUCAUCACAAGCUAGUUCAUCAUGGCAUUCAGAGGAUUCCUCCACUGAAAAAUUUCAGCAAUGCUUUGUUGAGGAUGGAGUUACUACUCAAGCAAUACAAACUGUGAUUCCUGUAGCUCCAUCUAGCAAGUCUUUGAGGUUUCCAUUACGGCCUGGAAAAGGAAGCUGUGGGGUUAAAUGUGUGGUGAAGGCAAAUCAUUUCGUUGCUGAAUUACCUGAUAAAGACCUUCAUCAAUAUGAUGUGUCAAUCACUCCGGAAGUUAUAUCACGUGGUGUCAAUCGUGCUGUGAUGGAACAGCUAGUCAGACAGCAUAGAAAGUCUUGUUUAGGAGGACGGCUUCCAGUCUAUGAUGGCAGGAAGAGUCUCUACACUGCUGGGCCUCUUCCCUUCACUUUUAGAGAGUUUCAAAUAAUCCUAGUUGAUGAAGAUGAUGGUUCAGGCAAAGAAAGGUUAGGGACAGAAAGGUCCAUUAGGAAGCAGAGGCCAUUUAAAGUUGUUAUAAAGUUUGCUGCCCGUGUGGAUCUCCACCACCUUGAAAUGUUUUUAUCUGGGCGACAGGCUGAUGCUCCCCAGGAAGCUCUACAAGUUCUAGACAUUGUGCUACGUGAACGCCCUACCACAAGGUAUUUUCCUGUUGGUCGGUCCUUCUAUUCACCUGAUCUGGGGAGAAGGCAACCACUUGGGGAUGGAUUAGAAAGCUGGCGGGGCUUUUAUCAGAGUAUUCGCCCAACACAAAUGGGACUCUCACUAAACAUUGACAUGUCUUCUUCCGCCUUCAUUGAGCCCCUGCCUGUCAUUGACUUUGUCACCCAACUCAUAAAUAGGGAUGUUCGAGCAAGACAGCUCUCUGAUGCUGAUCGAGUGAAGAUCAAGAAGGCUCUUAGAGGAGUAAAGGUUGAGGUCACCCAUCGUGGGAAUAUGCGCAGAAAGUAUCGCAUAUCUGGUUUAACAUCUCAAGCAACUAGGGAGCUGACUUUCCCAGUUGAUGAAAGAGGAACGAUGAAAUUUGUAGUGGAAUAUUUUCAAGAAACAUACGGUUUUACUAUCAAACACACCAAUUUGCCUUGUCUACAAGUUGGCAGCCAGCAGAGGUCAAACUAUUUGCCUUUGGAGGUCUGCAAGAUUGUGGAAGGACAGAGAUAUUCCAAAAGAUUGAAUGAGAAACAAAUAACUGCUCUACUGAAGGUGACAUGCCAGCGUCCUCACGAUCGAGUGCUUGACAUUUUGCAGACGGUUCAUCACAAUGCUUACCAUGAAGACCCUUAUGCCAGAGAAUUUGGUAUCAAAAUCAGUGAUAGACUAGCAUCAGUUGAGGCACGUGUUUUACCUGCACCAUGGCUUAAAUACCAUGACAAUGGCAGAGAGAGGGACUGCUUGCCAAGAAUCGGCCAGUGGAAUAUGAUGAAUAAGAAAGUGGUGAAUGGUGGGAUAGUAAACAACUGGACUUGCAUCAAUUUUGCACGGAAUGUCCAAGAAAGUGUUGCUCGUGACUUCUGUCAUGAGCUUGCACUGAUGUGCCAGACAUCUGGAAUGGUAUUUUCACUUGAACCAGUGCUUCAUCCGUUAAGUGCAAGGCCAGACCAAGUGGUUCGAGCUUUAAAAGCACUAUGUCAUGAUGCAAGGAGCAUACUACAACCCCAGGGAAAAGAACUUGAUUUGCUUAUUGUGAUCUUGCCUGAUAAUAAUGGUUCUCUUUAUGGUGAUCUAAAGCGGAUAUGUGAGACAGAGCUUGGACUGAUUUCACAGUGCUGCUUGACUAAACAUGUUUCCAGAAUGAACAAGCAGCAGUACCUCGCUAAUGUUGCUCUCAAGAUAAAUGUGAAGGUUGGGGGAAGAAAUACAGUUCUUGUGGAUGCCUUGAGUGGGCGCAUACCACUAGUUAGUGACCGACCUACAAUUAUAUUUGGUGCUGACGUAACACAUCCUCAUCCUGGGGAAGAUACGAGCCCCUCUAUUGCGGCUGUUGUUGCUUCUCAAGACUGGCCAGAGAUAACAAAGUAUGCUGGUUUGGUUUCUGCUCAGGCCCAUCGCCAGGAGUUGAUACAAGAUCUAUUUAAAGUCUGGCAAGAUCCUCAGCGUGGAACAGUAACUGGUGGAAUGAUAAAGGAACUUCUUAUUUCUUUCAAAAGAGCCACUGGACAAAAGCCGCAGCGAAUAAUAUUUUAUAGGGAUGGAGUUAGCGAGGGGCAAUUUUAUCAAGUUUUACUUUACGAACUUGAUGCAAUCAGAAAGGCAUGCGCCUCACUCGAACCAAAUUAUCAGCCACCUGUAACUUUCAUAGUGGUUCAAAAACGUCAUCACACUAGAUUGUUUGCAAGUAACCACAAGGAUCAGCGUUCAUUUGACAAGAACGAAAAUAUUCUGCCCGGUACUGUGGUUGACUCUAAGAUCUGUCACCCUACUGAGUUUGACUUUUACUUGUGCAGUCAUGCUGGCAUCCAGGGCACAAGCCGACCUGCUCACUACCAUGUCUUGUGGGACGAGAACAAAUUCACAGCUGAUACACUACAAACACUGACCAACAACCUUUGUUACACCUACGCAAGGUGCACGCGAUCCGUGUCUAUAGUGCCACCUGCAUACUAUGCGCAUCUGGCUGCAUUCCGAGCACGAUUUUAUAUGGAACCAGAGACGUCGGACAAUGGUUCGAUGGCAAGUGGGGCAGUUGGACGUGCUCAACGCGGCGGUCGCCUCCUGGGUGGUGGUGCACCAGUUAGACCCCUUCCGGCCUUGAAAGAAAACAUCAAGAAAGUCAUGUUCUACUGUUGAGCCGAUCCAUCUGUGUCACCGUGGCGUCUCCCAUUUCUUGGAACUCGACUGUUGCCAAUGUUUGUUCUUUGCAGUAUCUUGGUCAAAGGGACAUUGAUCGUCCCGCAUGAUGAUGACCUGUAACCGAUGUACAUAACGCAGAUAUCUUUGGCAGACAUGAAACUUGUUUAGCGAAUCCUUUCUCUUCGUAGAUGAAAGAAGCCAUGAUUGGAGUUAAGAUGAGAAAAUUGAAUCGUUCUUAUUCCUUAAUCUUCA